UCUUUUGUUAAUCAGGCAGUCUCUUCCGCACCAUCCAGGUCAGAGCUAAGAAGUGUUCAGAAGUCAAGUCAUGGAUCAACCUACCCGUAAAGAAAAAUCCAAAGUUAAAGAACCUGUCAGCAGAGUUGAGAAGGCCAAGCAGAAAUCAGCCCAGCAGGAGCUGAAGCAAAGACAAAGAGCAGAGAUCUAUGCCCUCAACAGAGUCAUGACGGAGCUGGAGCAGCGGCAGUUCGAUGAGUUCUGUAAACAGAUGCAGCCUCCUGCAGAGUGAGCCGCCCCGUGCAGGAGCCAGAUGGGGCCUCGGAGGCUGGCUUUCUCAGCUUCGUCACCGUUUCGCUGAGAUGGUCCACUUGGAACCUUACAGAACUAGACAAGAAGCUGUUUGCAUUGUUCCUGAAACUGGAUAAAUCUGAACUUCCCGUACGUCCCUUCUGCUUCACUGGUUCCUUCAGUCUGAAUUGGCCCAAUGCUUGCUGAAGAGACUUGUUUUGUUCUUCUAAGACGAUACAUUUUUUUUUAAGCUUUUUCUAUUGUUUGAGAAAAAUCAGUGUUUCUCGUGAAACUGUAGCUCCUCUCCAAAAAUAUAAAUAAAAGGCUAAUAAAA